AUGGUAAAAUAAAAUACAAAAAAAUUAUAAAAAUAUAUAUAUAAAGAAACAAAAUUUGACAAUAAAAAAUAUAACUAAUAAAACAUAUAAUAAAAGAAAACAUUACCUUUAAUAGAAAAUUAAUUAAAAUACCAAACUUUUAUACAAAGUAACGACAUAUAGAACCCCGAUUAAUACGAAAAUAAUAAACGCGAAUUAAAUUCAUAAAAUCAACACUAUCCUUAAAUUAACAUAGCCUGGCCAGUAACUUAAAUUCCAAAUUAUUUAAGUGAAAAUAGUAAAAUAAUUGUUUAAAAUGUUUCUAAGUUUGAAUAUGAUGAAGAUGAACCAGAAUAUACUAAUCUUCCGACACUUGGCCCUUAUUAAUUUGAGAACGGUUCUGUCUAUGUUGGCUAAUGGAAAAAUGGGUAUAGAAAUGGUAGAGGAACAUAAUAUUGGGCUGAUGGAUCUAUAUAUGAGGGAUAUUGGAAAGAUAAUAUGACAAAUGGAAAAGGAAGACUUAUACAUAGUGAUGGAGAUAUAUUUUAUGGAAGAUGGGCAAACGAUAAGGCAAAUGGAACUGGGACUUAUUAUCAUACUAAUGGUGCUAUAUAUGAAGGCUAAUGGUAUGAUGAUAAAUAACAUGGAAAAGGUAUUGAAAAAUGGCCAGAUGGAGCAAAAUAUGAAGGAGACUAUUUUGAAGGGAAAAAAAAUGGAAAAGGACAUUUUAAUUGGUCAGAUGGGUCAACUUUUGAAGGAGAUUUUUUAAAAAACAAUAUCCAUGGUAAAGGAAUUUAUAAAUGGCCAGAUGGAAGAAUUUAUGAUGGAGAAUGGGUAGAAAAUAAAAUGGAUGGAAAAGGAGUGUUUAAAUGGUAGGAUGGUAGGAAAUAUGAUGGUGAAUAUAAAAAUGACAAAAAGCAUGGCUACGGUGUUUUUAGUUGGCCUGAUGGAAACAUAUAUAAAGGAUAUUGGGCUAAUGGAAAAUAACAUGGAGAAGGAUUAUACAUAGGAAAUAAAUAAGAUGAGAAAUAUGGAGAAUGGUAUAAUGGAAAGAGGAUAAAAUG